AUGGCUAACACGGCGGGGCUCGGUGAGCCGCACGCAGCCGGAGCAGCGGCGGCACGCGACGGGCAAGUGCAAGUGCAACAGGGCCCUGUCGCGUUCAAGGACGCCGUCGACGCCGACGCCGUCCCGGCGCGCCCUCCCACGGCGCACGGCGACGUCGUCUCCGCCCUGCCGGUGCGCCUCUACCACGGCCAGCCGAUGCGCCGGUACCAGGGGUUCUGGGUGUUCGACAGCUGGGCGCGCGGCGUGGUCGCCAUGCACCGCGGCGGCGGCCUCGUGCCGCGCGCCGGCGACGUCGUCCUCGCCAGCCUGCCCAAGUCCGGGACCACGUGGCUCUGCGCCCUCGCGUUCGCCGCCAUGGCGCGCCGCGCGUGCCCGCCGGCGAGCCCCGACCACCCGCUCCGCCGCCUCAAUCCGCACGACUGCGUGCCUCUCCUCGAGACGCUUUUCACUGUCGGCCGCGACACGCUUCUUGAUCAGCUGCCGUCGCCGAGGAUCAUGUCCACGCACAUGCCGCUCUCGCUGUUGCCGGCGACGGUGGCUGGCGGCAACUCCAGCACCAAAAUCAUCUACAUAUGCAGGGACCAGAAGGAUCGACUGAUCUCCACAUGGCACUUCCGGAGGCGCAACGACCUCCCGGACCUCUCGCUGCAGGAGGCGUACGACGCCGUGUGCGACGGCACCUGCUUCGCCGGGCCGGUCUGGGACCACAUCCUCGAGUACUGGGCGGCGAGCAGCGCGGACCCGAGCCGGGUGCUCUUCCUCCGAUACGAGCAGGUGCUCCGGGACCCCGCGAGCGCGCUGAGGAGGCUCGCGCGCUUCGUCGGGCGGCCGUUCUCCGAGGCCGAGGAGGAAGGCGGCGUCGUCGGCGAGAUCGUCGGGCUCUGCAGCCUGGACAGCCUGAGGGGGCAGAGGGGCAACGCGGGGGGCGCCAUGCAGGCGACGCUCAUGGAGUUCUCGCACGAGUCGUUAUUCAGGAAGGGGGUCGCCGGCGACUGGAGGAACCACCUGAGCGCCGAGAUGGGGGAGCGUCUGGACUCCAUCAUGCGGGAGAAGCUCGCUGGGUCUGGGCUCACCUUGUGAUGCACAUGUGUGGAGAUUUGAUUAAACACAAUCAGUUUGUGUGUCACUGAUUUAUUUAUGCUCCAUUAAUUGCUGCGUUGGAAUAAUAAGCCUUCGAUCACCCCGUUUGGAGGCUUUACUUUGUAACCGUGUUUACGCUCGUAAACGAACCAC